GCAAUAUAGACAGGGACCGAUACGGGCGAUGACAUCGUGGCGCCCGUUUCCCAGGGUCACGCCGCUGAUAAACGCCGUCGCGGUCGAACCUUGGUGACAUUAGAGGCAGGAGCCUUUGUCUCACGUGGCGCCAUCACAAGUCUUGUCGGUUGUCAAAUGAGGCUGGGAACGGUCCAGGAGACAAGCAAGUAGAGGCAUCAUUUGCUACCGCCACAGCCCUAGCUCAUCACCUGAGCACCAAGUAGUGUUCGUGACCAAAGAACCGUGCGGAGAGGGAUCCCCUCGCCCUCCCGGGACGUGUUUCGUAACUUCUUUCUCCUCAGGAUGGAGGUCAUUUGCGUAUAAGAAUAUGGUGAGCUCUCCUUCCAAGAGGGCCAGAGAUGAUUUUGACAUACUCCCUUCUCUUCUUGCAGGCAUAAGUGUCUGCCAGGCCAAUUUCUACCCAGAAUUUCUCAAGGGCUAGAUUUCCAGCAGCGGACAAUCAAUGGCUCGUUCGUCGGCAUCGGGAACGGGCCCAGGGCAGCCUGCUCUAAACCCCCUGGGAGUACAAUUCUUCUCAAGCCUCGAGGGGUUGGAGAUAACCUCAUCCGCCGAUCGGCAGCUCAUCCGAGGUCAUAACUUGGUCGGUGCGGCCCGACUGCAGUUCGUCAGGGCGGACUUCUUCGAUGAUGGAGCGGGGGAGCAUGGAGGACUCCUCGACGAGAUUGAUGGAAUCGAUGUGCCACUAUCCAUGCACGUAUACCCCUUCCCCCAAACGGAUGAGUGGGAGGGCCAGUGGUUCUUCUUCGAUGUUCAGCUCCACCCCUACCAGCUGCAUUUCCGCCGCAAAGUCGAGGACGGAGACGAGUCAGCUGUUGGGAUGUGGGAAGACUCGUACGCAAAGUUAGCCCAGGUCCGUGGGCAGAUGUGUGUUCAACCGAUCGCAAUGAGGUCUCUUGGGCUUGCAGGAGGCAGGUUCCCAGCUGUAGCGCCUCGUGCUAGCUUCCACGGACCUGUUGACACGACGACAUUCCGUUUUAAGCCUGGAUCGUUGAGCAGCAAUCAGCUAAAGUGCUGCGGAUUCAUCCGAUGCAGAACAUAUCUCGUACCGCCCCGUGACAAAGAUCCGACAUUUAAAGGGAGCCAGACAUUCUACAUACUAGCGUACAUGCCUCACGAUCAGCAACCAUGGAAAAGCCGUAUUGACUGGGUGAAGAGCUCGCCGGAGGGUGGCUUCGCAUCCAGGAAGUGGAUGUAUGGGAGGGGCAGCAUCGUCGGCGUGCUGAACCCUACGUUGCUGGAUGAGGAGCCCGAGUCUGGACAAGAUAUCCUAGUCGUACUUGCGGAUGAGUUCGGCUUCACAUCAAAGGCAACGUUCGACAGCGGCACAGCGAUAUGGAACGAGGCCUCUCCGCAGACAGCAAAGACCGAGCUAGGAAAAAGGCGAAAUCCUUUCAGCAGCAGCCCAGGUACUUCGCCAUCUAAACACACCGUGGACCCUUCCAGAGGGGCAAAUGAAUGGGGUUUGGGCAAAGAGAAGACAGUGGAUGACAAUUCUUCUGCAAUCGCCACGCAGCCUGAACAAGAAUCAACGAAUUUCAUAGCGGACCACCAAACAGGGGCAAUAGUUGUAGCAGCGGCGACCCCGACGAAAGUAGCGGCGACCCUGACGAAAAGGAGACGCGUAUAGAAGCAAGAGAGCGGUAGAUAUACGGCAGGGUUCAGGUUACGUAGGGGCACCAGUAAAGGGAUUGGGCUCAUUAUGGCUUUUCGAUGUCGUGCUCUUUUAAAGUGCUGUGCUGUUUGGUUGUAGUUUAAU